AUGCCGCUUUUAAAAUGGUUUAAACGACAUGUUAAAAAAAUCAGAUCAAACCAUACAACAGAAGAUUUGGAUGAUGAUAAUGAUGAUGAGAGACAACGAGAAGAAGAAGAAACAAUAACAACAGGUUAUGAUAGCGAAGACGUGACUUAUCAGGAUGGAACAAAAUUAGUUUAUUUUGCAUCAGCAACACCAAGUCAAAAUGUGAUCGAUAUUAUCAGUGUAUUGCAUAAAGAUGUUCAAGUAAAACAUAUAAAAUCUACAACAAAUAAAGUAUUUUUAAUAAUUGAUGAUGCACCAUCAACAACUCUCAUUGAAGCAAUUGAAUCACUAAUUCAGAUUGAUUCUGUAUUUGUUUAUUCUCCAUCAUCGUAUGCCCUUACUACAAUCAGUCAAAAACAACAUAAUUAUAUACUUAAUUGGUGUGAAAAUGAAACUACACUUCGAGAUUCAAUAAACAAAUCUCAUGAAGAACUUGCUAAACAAACAGCUGUAUUUAGUAUGUUCAAUAAAAAAGAAAAAGCAAUAUAUGAUCUUUCAAAAGAACAGGGUUCAUUUUUAUUUUUUCAAUUAACUAAACAUAUCUUAAAAAAUAUACCAAAAACAUAUGAAGCGAAAAAAACAAUGAUAACAAUAUGUCGAAACUAUUAUCGGGGAAAUUUUACUGAAUUAGCAAAUAUCGAUGAAUUUGAUCGGACAUAUAAAUCAUAUGAUGCUAUACUAUGGUACAUGAAAGAAACAUUUGUUUACCGAUUUAUUAAUAAAACUCUUCGAAAGCAAGAUGUUGAUCUGAUGUAUCAAAUUCGUUUUUAUAUUAUGGAUUUAAGUGAACAACUUGAAUUAAAAUUUAAAGAACUUAAAGAAAAACAAAAAGAUGUUUUAAAACUUUAUCGUGGUGCAAAAUUAAGUCAAGACGAAGUGGCUAAUUAUCAAAAUAGUAUUGGAAAUUCAAUAUCAAAUAGUAGUUAUUUAUCAACAAGUAGUGAACGUUCAGUUGCUUAUGGUUUUGCAACAAAAUCUGCUAAAUCAGAAGGUUUUGUUCGCGCUUUAUUCGAAUAUUUAGUGGAUUUAAAUGUUGUUCAUGAAAUUGUUGUCGCUGAUGUUCGAGAAUAUUCAGCAUUUCCUGAAGAAGCCGAAUGUAUCGUCGAUUUCGGAGCAUUAUUUCAAAUCGAUUCAUGUGAAUACAAUGUUGCAGAAGAUCUAUGGCAUAUUAAACUUCAUGCAACCGAUAAAGAUACUGAAUAUGUCGAAUAUCAAAAAAAGAAGAUGUCUGAAUCAAAUACAAAGUUCAUCUUCGGUAAUUUACUUCUUGAAAUGGGAGAAUAUGCUAAAGCUGAACACUAUUUUGAUACAAUUCUUAAUUCUUCAAAUCCAAAUGAUGAAGAAAUUUCUUGUAUAUAUUUUAAUCUUGGUCGUACACAUCGAUUAAGAGGUGAUUUUAAUCGUGCAAUAUGCUGUUAUAAUCGUGCAUAUGAAUUACAUAUAAAUAGUCGACCAAAACGUUUAGCCAGUGCUGGGAAAGCUGUAAAUGGUCUUGGAGUUGUUUAUAGUGAACUGAGACGACAAAUAAAAGCUGAAGAAUGUUUUCUGCGGGCUAUGGAAUUAUACAAAAAAAGUAUUCCAAGAAAACAUGUUGACGUUGCUGGAACGUUAAUUAAUUUAGGUACUAUUGAUUGUGAUCGACAAAAUUUUGAACAAGCAUUGAGUAAAUAUCAAGAAGCAAUGAAAAUUUAUGAUAUUUGUCUUUCACCAAGUCAUCCAAAUCGAGCAUUACAAAGAGUUAAUUUAGGUAAUGUUCAUUUAGCAACUGGAAAUUAUGAAACUGCUCUUCAAGAAUAUGAAUUGGCAUUAAAAUUACAAGAAGCAUUCUUACCACCUGAUCAUGCAGAUAAAGCUCGAACAUUACAUAAUUUAGCGAUUGUUCAUGCAUCUCAAGGAAAUAAGGAUGAAGCAAAAAAAUAUUUAGAACGUGCAAAAGAAAUAGCCGGUCAAACAUUAUCUUUGAAACAUCCAGGUAUAGCAUCAUUUGAUAAAACAAAAGAUAUUCUCGUCGACUAA